GAAUUUACCGUUGAAAAAAAAAACAUCAACUCGAUCGUGCCCGUUUAUCUGUGCUCGUCUGGCAUCUACAAUUUUAUUAUCCACGGGUCCAAGUUCUUGUGAUUGUUGUAAAUUGCGGUGCGGUCGUCAGCUUAUGCUAUAAAAAAUGUCUAUUAGUGCUAGCCCUUUGUCCGUAGCUGGCCAGAGAACGUCUGGGGCCCCGGUUCGCACGCAAAAUGUUAUGGCGGCAGCCUCAAUCGCAAAUAUUGUCAAGAGUUCUUUGGGACCCGUCGGGUUAGACAAAAUGCUCGUGGACGACAUAGGAGAUGUUACAGUUACCAAUGAUGGUGCUACCAUUUUAAGGCUACUGGAAGUGGAACAUCCGGCUGCCAGAGUGCUCGUGGAGCUGGCGCAGCUACAGGACGAAGAAGUCGGUGAUGGUACGACUUCAGUUGUCAUCAUAGCAGCCGAAUUGUUAAAGAAUGCGGACGAAUUGGUGAAACAGAAAAUUCACCCCACAUCAAUCAUCAGCGGUUACAGGUUGGCUUGCAAAGAAGCUUGCCGAUACAUCCAAGAUCAUCUGACCAUUCCGGUUGAUGAGCUGGGAAAGGACUGUAUCGUAAACGUCGCGAAAACUUCCAUGAGCUCAAAAAUCAUCGGCGCUGAUGCGGAUUUGUUUUCGUCCAUGGUGGUUGAAGCCGCUUACGCGAUCAAAGUGACAGACCCGAAAGGCAACCCCCUAUACCCGAUCAAGGCCGUAAAUAUCCUGAAAGCACACGGGCGCAGCGCCAGGGAGAGUAUCCUGGUGCAGGGCUACGCCUUGAAUUGUACUGUUGCGAGCCAAGCGAUGACGAAGAAAGUCGUCGGCGCCAAACUCGCGUGUCUCGAUUUUUCGCUGAAAAAGGCUAAAAUGAAGAUGGGAGUUCAGGUGCUGGUCACCGACCCGGACAAACUAGAAGCGAUCAGGUCGAGGGAACUUGACAUCUCCAAGGAGAGGAUCCAAAAAAUACUGGCGACCGGCGUUAACGUCGUCCUCUGCUCGGGCGGUAUCGACGACCUGUGCCUGAAGUAUUUCGUCGAAGCCGGCGCCAUGGCCGUGCGUCGCGUGAAAAAAGCCGAUCUGAAGCGCAUUGCCAAAGCCACCGGGGCCACCUUCCUCACAUCUCUCACCAACAUGGAGGGUGAAGAAUCAUUCGAAGCCAGCAUGGUCGGAGAAGCCGCCGAGGUUACACAAGAACGAAUCUCCGACGACGAGCUCAUCAUCAUUAAAACACCCAAACAGCGAACAGCGGCAUCGAUCAUUUUACGCGGCCCGAACGAUUUCUAUUGCGACGAGAUGGAGAGGUCGGUCCACGACGCCCUCAGCGUCGUUAAACGGGUACUCGAAUCGAAGAGCGUAGUCGUGGGGGGCGGGGCCGUCGAGGCCGCGUUAUCCAUUUACUUGGAGAACUUUGCGACGACGCUGAGCAGCCGGGAACAGCUGGCCAUCGCCGAAUUCGCGAGGAGUCUGCUCGUCAUCCCCAAAACCUUGGCGGUGAACGCGGCGAAAGACGCCACCGACCUGGUAGCCAAGUUGAGGGCAUACCACAAUUCCAGUCAGACCAAAGUCGAUCACGCGCACUUAAAGUAUGUCGGGCUGGACUUGAUCGAGGGCACGGUCAGGGAUAAUAAGAAAGCCGGAGUUCUUGAGCCGACCCUCUCCAAGAUUAAAUCGUUGAAAUUCGCAACGGAGGCCGCCAUUACGAUUUUGCGGAUAGACGACAUGAUAAAGCUGGAUUCGCAAGAUAAGAAGGGCAAAAGUUAUCAGGACGCCAUGGACAGUGGCGAGCUGCACGGUUAAGGCGUUCGUUUUACCUGCCGCAUAUAUUUUGCAAUGGCUAACUUUAAAUUUUUCACAUAACAGUGCCGCCUUUUUUCAGUUUUUAAUUCAUUCGGAAAAAGCGUUUCUCAUUUUGUCUUAACAUGUCGAUUUAGAAAU